AUGUUUUCGAAGUCGUGGACGGAACUGGAUGCAAUCGAACUAGAUGCGUUUCUGGGCUUGCUGAUUCUACACGGCGUGAAUCACGAAAGCAAGAAACCAUUGUGCCAGCUGUGGAACGAAGCGAAGGGUCGACCCAUUUACAACGCCACCAUGUCUCGAAAUCGUUUUAGCGAAAUAUCUAGUGCACUCCGUUUUGAUAAUAAAAAGUCACGAUACCUGCGCGAACUUACUGAUAAACUGGCACAUAUUCGGGAGUUGUUUGAGUUGUGGGUACCAACGUUGCGAAAUUCCUAUCUACCUGGUCCUUAUCUCACUAUAGACGAGCAGCUGUACUCGUUCCACGGCCACCGCAAAUUCAAGCAGUAUAUUCCGAAGAAACCCUCAAAGUACGGGCUAAAGAAUUCUAUCUUAGCUGAUUCUGCCUCGAAGUACUGCUGCAACAUACAAGUGUACACGGGAAAAUCUCCGGGCGUCCCUCCAGAAAGAAAUCAAGGGCGCCGUGUUGUUUUGGAUCUUGUGCAGUACCUAGGAGUCGACUCCGGAAGAAAUGUUACGACAGACAACUUCUUCACAGAUCUCGAAUUAGGUAAAUCGUUCUUACUGCUCAAACGAAAUAUCACUCUGGUUGGCACGAUGCGCAAGAAUAAGCCAGAGAUACCAGCAGCUUUUUUACCAUCCAGAGAAAGUGCUGAAUUUUCUAGUCUUUUUGGUUUCACAAAGGAAGCCGCACUGGUUUCGUAUGUUCCAAAGAUUGGCAAAGCAGUUAUACUUCUCAGCACCACCACCGUGAUGCUGCGGUUGAAACGACCACAGCCGCAGAUCGCGCAAAAUCUGCUCGAUCUAUGGUCGCUGGUGAUGGAGGCAGCGAAACAAGGAGGACGCACCUAUCCGAUUCAGGAGGAUCUGCGUCUGGUCCAGCGCAUUUGUCGCCAGCGUAUCCUGCACGGCGUUGCUCCGACCUGGAAGCAAGAGGACCCCAUGUAUCGCGGGUUUGGAGCGGAUAUCAUCGACUUCUCCGAUGAGGAAGACGAUGAGAAGGAAAACGUCGAGCCGACGGCCGGCAAGAGCACUUAA